ACUUUAUGUGUCCAUAUAAAAGUGGGUGCCAAGUUUCGGUGCCUGUCGAUGUAUUUGGCCUAAAUUUAACUAGAUUUCAUGAAUUGAAACCACAACUGUGGCAAUUUGGAGUCUUGUACUUGCAGACGAGCAAAGUAACGGACACACCAAAAAAAGAAGGAAACCCCGAAAAACAGACCUUGCCUCAUAUUCAGUUGGCAUUUUCGUUUUACAAAAACCCUAAACAAUUUUGAAAUAGCAAAGUGAGAAAGUUUAUCAUCUUCUUCAACCAUGGCAGAAGCAAAUUCUGUGACUCAAAGCUCUGAACAGCCCAACAAAUUGCCUGAAGCUGUGGCAAAUCAAAACCCGCUGCCAAACAUUCCUGAAAAUGAAGCUGAAAAAAGUGGGCCUCAAAAGAUUCCUGAUACACACAAGAACCGCCUUCAAGAGUUCACCCAACGAUCAUCCCUUGAUCGCCCUGUUUAUCACACUGUCAAUGAAGGCUCUCAGCAUGCACCUCUCUUUAGAUCCAGUGUCUUGGUUGAUCGGUUUUGGUAUACAUCUCCUAGCACAUUUUCACAGUUAAAGGUUGCGGAGCAGGACGCUGCAAAGGUUGCCUUGACUGGCGUGAAAGAAAAGAUGAAACAUGAAGGGUGCCCUCUUAUUCGUGAGGAUACGGUGUUUUGCAAGUCUAUCUUGAAUGAGUAUGCUGUUAAGAUGAAGCUUGAGAAACCUAUUUAUCAUACAGUUCAACCUGAGGGGUUGCUUCCUGUUUUCAAGUCUACAGCAGUCUUUAAUGGUAAUCAGUAUAUGGGAGAAACUGGGAAAAACAAGAAAGAAGCUGAACAAAUGGCAGCUCGAGCAGCGGUUAUGUCCAUUUUAGAAACUGAUUCUGGAACCAUGAUGUUGGAGAUCAUCAAGUCUAAGCGCAAGCUUUAUGUUGCACUGGAUAAAGUUCAGGAUACAGGUGAUAUUAAUGCUGGCUUCAUGCCAACGGAACUUAACCGUCCAGUUCGUGUGAAUAAAAGGAAAGAAGUUGAAGUUAUUGAGGAUGCUGGGGAAAAGACUUAUUCUGGACUUUUAGCGUGUAGUUUGGGACAGCCUAGUGAUAUUCAGGCACUUAAUCAGCUUCAUGUCUUUAAAAGACCAAAAUUGGCAUCUUCAUCAGUGGAAGUUGCUCCUCCCAUGGUAUUUGUGCCCCCUGUCGUGGAUCCAUCUUUGCUAUGUUCAACUUCAGGAAAGAGACGUAAUCGGCGAAACAAGAAAAAUGCAAAGAAGGAUGUGCAAGUUGACCCUCAGGCGCCUGGUGCCAUGUUGCCGUUGACUCAACUUCCUCCCUGCUCGGUGGCGCAGUGAGUUCCUUUGGUGAUCAUUUCUGCCAGAGGUGUGAAAUCGUUGCAUUUGCAGGACUUGCGUCCUAUGUCUGAUACCAUAACAAGACCCCUAUAUGUAUGUAACAUUAUGUAAACUUUUGCUCCUUGUAGUAAGUUGGUGGACAGUGUCCGACAUGUUAAAGCCUUGCAACUUCUGCUGUAGUCGCGGAUAGUUUGUUAUGGUUUGGUAGCAAACUCAUGACAUUCUAAUUUUCCUUGUGCUUUUACUUCCCA